AACUUUUGUAAUUGACAUGAUGUUUUUGCUUGUUUUAGUUUUUUGUUGCCUUUGCUGAUCCAUGUACAUUGGAAAAACAUCCAGGAUGGCCUCUGAGGAACCUUAUCAUGCUGUUGUCAAGGAGAUGGUGUGGUAAAUAUGAGACUGUCAAUGUUCUUUGUUAUCGCAAUCGAGUGUUUCAAGGUAUUCAUAACUGCUCACACAGUAUUAUUAUUAAAGUGAAACUUCCAACCAAACCUGAAACAUUUCCAAAGGUUGUUGGUUGGGAGAGAAACAGUAAGCAGAAGUUGGGACCUCAAAUGGUUAAUAUGAGCUCAUCUAUGGAUCCAAGCAGUCUUGCAGAGUCAGCUGUUGACUUGAACUUGAAACUGAUGCGCUGGAGAUUGAUUCCAGGUCUUGAUCUGGAAAUUGUUGCCAAGACACGAUGUCUUCUCUUAGGUGCUGGGACACUAGGCUGCAAUGUAGCAAGAUGUUUGCUGAGUUGGGGAGUUCGUAAUAUCUCGUUUGUGGAUAAUGGUCAAGUUUCAUACUCAAAUCCAGUUCGUCAAAGUCUAUUUCAGUUCGAUGACUGUCUCAAUGGAGGAAAACCAAAAGCACUUGCGGCUGCUGAUGGAUUGAAGAAAAUCUUUCCAGAAGUAAAUGCAAAUGGUUAUAUACUGUCCGUUCCAAUGCCAGGACAUAUUGUGAAUUCUGCUGGUGGUGAAGUAGACAAGGUGCGAAGUGAUGUUGAAAAGUUGGAACAACUAUUUGAUGAUAAUGAUGUGAUUUUCCUGUUAAUGGAUACUCGAGAAGCACGAUGGCUUCCAACUGUAAUGGCAGCUGCUAAAGGAAAGAUGGUUAUCAACUGUGCUCUUGGGUUUGACACCUAUUUGAUAAUGCGUCAUGGAGUGAAACAAGGGACCGAAGCCCACCCUCCACACGUAGAUGUUGAGACGUUAAAAGCAGGAAGAAAAGUUCCUGGGAGUGGCCUUGGAUGCUAUUUCUGCAAUGAUGUUGUAGCUCCUGGUGAUUCAACCAAAGAUCGAACUUUGGAUCAACAGUGCACUGUUUCUCGACCUGGCAUGUCCAUGUUAGCUAGUGCACUGGCAGUUGAGCUGCUGGUAUCUCUGCUACAGCAUCCAUCCAAGGGACUUGCUUCAGCUGAUACAACAUCAAAAGAUUCACACUUGGAGGCAGACUUCGAGUCAACACUUGGUCUAGUGCCACAUCAAAUUCGCGGCUUUUUGUCUCGAUUCUACUCUGUGAUGCCUGCCAGCUUGGCAUUUGACAAGUGUGCAGCUUGCUCAGAUGUGGUUGUAUCAAGGUAUCUCACAGAGGGUUUCCACUUCCUUUUGCAAGUCUUCAAUUCACCAACAUUUUUGGAAGAAGUUACUGGUCUCAGUCAACUACAUGCUGAAGCUGUUGAGGAUGAAAUAUGGGCUAUAAGUGAUGAUGAAAUAUGAUACUGGGAAUUUACAGCUAAUCAGACUGUCAAUAUUGAUCUGCUGGAUGUAUGCUGCUGUGGGUUCUUAGGCUAGGAAGGACCAUAGAUGUAGUGAGUGUUGUGGUAAUGCAAUAUCUGUAAAAGCUGCAGUAUAACCAGGAUUUCUAUGGCGUGCUAUCAGUGCCAAAACUAUUAAUUACUGCAGCACUAAUACUCAGCACGAAAAAAUAAUGAGACAAAACUAAUGCAUUGUGUAUAAUGCUUUCGCAUAAAGCUUUGUGUCUAGGAGGUGUUCACACCUAAAA